UCGAGUUUAUUGUUAGGCACAAAAGGCGCGAUGUUACCAAGACGACUGGAAGCAAAACAAAUGGAGCAAAGUAGUAGAUGAAGAAGAUUAUUAAAUUUUUGCCUGGUAAAACACAAAUCAACGAGAGGUUUGCAACAGCUCCACGCAAUGAUGGCUUCAAUGAGCCAGUGGCGCAACAUGAAGCACAGUCAGCAGCAGAGGGUGAUCUCGGAAUUUCGACGGCAGGAGGAGCAACGAGAAGACCAGACAAAAUGCAUCACUAAGGACAGACAAAUGCAAGCCAAUCUAAUGAGUGAGGAGAGACUUGAAAAGAAGCGAUACCUACGCAAGGUGCAAGACGAGCUGCAUGAAAGCCAAAUUGAGGAUGCUCUCAUCAAGGCAGAGGAGGAGAGAAUAUACAAGGAAAAGCAACUGCAACAAGAGGAGAGAAUGGCACAAGAACUGGCCCGCAUCAGCUAUGAAAAGCUUAGAGAUGAAAAAAUGAGGCAAUAUAUAAAAGAGAACAGUGUUGAACUCCGUGAGUUGGAGGGGCAGCUCAAGUCUGCAUACCUAAACCGGGAGAGGGCCGCACAGAUUGCUGAAAAGGAGUCUAUGAGAUAUGAGACAGUGCGUCAGGAGGCUGAUAUUGCUCGUAAGAUGAAGAGCGAGCAUGAGCGGGCCUCUAUGGAGCAGGAGAAGCAAGAAUAUAAGCGCUACGAGGAGGUGGUGCAGUACCAGCAGGAGCUGGAACAGCAGCUGGAGGAGAAAGAGCACAAGAGACAGGAGGCUUAUGAGGAGUUCCUCAAGGAGAAACUCAUGGUUGACGAAAUUGUCAGGAAGAUCUAUGAGGAAGAUCAAAUGGAGAGGCAGUUAAGACUGGAAAAGAUAACAGCCACUCAAAGGUACAUAGAGGAGUUCAAGAGCCAGCAGACUGAGUGGAGACUGAUGGAGCGGGAGAAGAUGGAGGCUGAGAACAGACGCAUCCUGGAAUUUGCCAGUUACCAGCAGCAUAAGGAGAAGAGCAGAAUGGAGAAAGUCAGAGAACGAGAGCAGGCAAAAGAACAUCUUCACCAGAUGCUCACUGAGAAGAUUGAAAUGGAGAGGCAGCAGCGUGAUGAGAUGGAGCGUGUUCGUGAAGAGCUUUGUCUGGAGGAGCAAGCCGAAGCGGCAAGGCAGAAACAAAUCGAAGAUAUGGAGAAGAGAAUCAGACAGAGGCUGGAGUUGCAGCAGACCUGCCAAGAGCAAAUAGCCUUCAAGGAAAUGCGGAGGCAGGCUGAGAAGGUGGAGGAGGAGGCCUUCAGGCAGAUGAUGAUGGCCAAGUUUGCUGAGGACGACCGCAUAGAGCAGAUGAAUGCCCAGAAACGUCGCAUGAAGCAGCUUGAGCACAAGAGGGCUGUGGAGAAACUGCUGGAGGACAGGAGACAGCAGUACCUGGCUGACAAGGAACGUGAGGCUGAAGAAAGAGCAAUGGAACAGGAGAGGGAGACACUGCGUCGACAGAUCAUUGAGGAGGAAAGGCAAAGCCUUCUCAAACUCCAUGCCACAAAACUUCUGGGCUAUCUACCUAAGGGCAUAUUCCGGGAAGAUGACCUUGAACACUUUGAUGAGGACUUCAGAAGCAAUUUCCAAAAGCGACAGGCUGACAUCUUUGAUGAAGAGGGCUGGGGAGAUGAUGAAUAACCACUUUCUAUACUACACCACUAGAUGGCAUUAUUGGGUAGAUGCUGUCUAGUGUGUUUUUUGUGUGUAUCAAAUGAUGGAUUUCUUAUGGCGAUGGUGUACUCAAAAAUGUAUUAAGUUGCAAAGACUAAUUUGUAUCCCACUAGCUGCAUAUCACCACACCUUAAAUCCUAUCAUGGAGGUGCAGCAAUUUUCAGUUGAAGUCAUUUGGUAAUAAACAAAAACUACACCAUUUCCUUUAUUAAGUGAUAAUGCAACUACAGUUUAAAUUGAUUUAACCCAUUAUUGUAAUAAAAUGCUAAACUUUUAAAAUACAACUGCAUAAAAAAUAUAUUCUGUAUAAAAGGACACAUAAUCAAUGUUGUUGCUAACCAUAAGAAUACAUUCAAGGCAAGCAGGAUUGUAUUACAUACAUUUUUCAGUAUUGCUUUAUGAUUUCCCCCAGUCAAGAGCUUUCAUGAAUCCUUCUUCUGUAAAUGACAACAUCUUGGCAGCUUCUAAAUGCAUCUGCUCAAGCAAGAGGAAAAAUAUAUAUCAGUUGGAUAAGGAGAAAUAUCAAUAAUGAUACUGCCUUGUAACAAUUACUUGCAGUUAAUAUGAGAACUUACUUUUUGGCUUUUCAGUGUAUCAAUCAGUUUGAGCUGUUUUUUACAACCCACUAUCGGUUCAGCUUUUUGCUUUUCCAGCUUCUUGUUUUUGGCUUUUUAAUGUUUCUAUUUUUUUAUGCUCCUGGUCUGCUGUGUCAUUUUGGAAAGGAUAGACAUAAAACAAGUUUAUUUAACCUGGGUCAUAUAACAAGUGACAGAAGCCAAACUUGAAUACCAAAAUCUAAACUAUACUAAUAGCAUAGCACUAUCUAUCAACACAAUUUAGUGUAAAUGAUUGAUGUGAUCACUAAAUGCACUGAUAGGUGGUUUAAUUUAUCUUGCUCAUCUGCUUGAGCUUGGUCAGUUGUGUCUUGGACCUCUCAACUUCCUCCAAGCCUCUUCAGUCUUACCUCUAUGGCACUGUGAUUGGUUGCUGCCUGUUUUUGUGCUCUCUUCAAACCCCCGAUUUCCUUUAUUAAACACGCACGGGGGCAAGCUAAAUCAG